AUGCUCAUCGCGGCAUUUCUAUUAUAUUUUGCGAUACCGACACAACGUGUAUGGGCCUUGAAGGUAGCCUUUCCCUCCCCUCCAACGGCCGCUCAAAACAAUACCUUUCUUUGGACGCAAGAGGAUGAUGAUCCAGAUGACGUAUGGCUGAGGACUCAGAGACUGGAUGAUACUGGAGCUACUUCAUGGUCCGAUAACACCGUACACUUGGAUUUGUCACAUUCGGCCGGAAGAGCUCAGAUUCAUUUCGACAGAGCGGGGCUAUUCAACGUUGGGGCUUUCGAGUCUGAAGACAACCCAAAUCACGACCACAAGGUGCCUAUCUCAAUUACGCAGGCCACCGUAUCCGUCAAUCCGACCUCUGCUGGCGCUAUCAGUGGGACGUCGGAACCUGUCUCGUUUAUACAGGCCACCGUAUCCAUGAAUUCGACUUCUGCUGGCACUAUCAGUGGGACGUCGUCGUCCGUAUCAUCCUCCACUUCAGUUGGCAGCCCAUCAACUUCAAUGCCAUCGGAGGAGAAAAAUGGAGCUAAACAACGACCCAAAAACGUUGCUGUCAUAGUGGGUCUAACUGUCGGAUUCAUAACCCUCGGCAUUAUCGGGGCUAUCAUCUUGUACUUCAACCACUACAGACGCCGAUGGAAGACCGAUAUGACGCCUCCGAUUGUGACCCCCUUUUCUGAUACAACGGGUUAUAACAUCACACGCACGGAUAUAAAGGAACGACAGAAGCAGUUGUUUGGACAGAGAGAACGCCGUAAACGCCAGUCACGGGUGUAUGAGCAAGCGCCUCAGACGUCUGCCGCCAACAAUCAGACUGAUGAUACUGGAAUAGAUCAACUGAGAGACACCAUGCAAGAACUUCGCCAUCAGGUGGAUAUUGUAACGCAGAGAAUGGGGGCUUUGGAGGCAGGAACGGCACGGCCGCCGGAUUACAGCCCCAGGGUUAGAAUAACGGACAUCAUCGAAUAA